CCAGCAGAGCGACACCACGGGGGUAGCCAUUUUGAAAAAUUCCGUGCUUACGCUCGCUUGCCCCGAGCAGAACGAAUCCCUUUUCGCUGCUUGGAAUCCGUUUUCACGCGACCAACACUAACGGCUAGUGAUUUGUUGUGCCAAGUGAAAACCUUCCACCGGAUAGCACUUCUUUCGUGCGCCCGAGUGUACUGUGCUGUUCAAUAAUCUGCCCGAAAAGACGGCCAUUGAUGCCGUGAGGGUGAUUCGACGACAAGUGUUCAUGGCAGCUGCUGCUACGUCGUGGUAGAAUCCGUGCGGUGGUUCCCUUUGGGUUACGUUUUGGUUUGUUGUGCGAAGUGUUGAAGAAAAUCCAUCACCGUGGCGUCGUCAAUAGAAGCAACCAGCAUGGAGACGGUCCGGGUCUUCAACCAGGAGCUGUCCGGGCUCUAUGAGUCAAAGCCGCCCAUAUCGAAGGCCAAAAUGGCCUCGAUUACCCGCAGUGCCAUGAAGGCGAUCAAGUUCUACAAGCAUGUGGUGCAGAGUGUGGAAAAGUUUAUCCAGAAGUGCAAGUGCGAAUACAAGAUUCCCGGCCUGUACGUGAUCGAUUCGAUUGUGCGGCAAUCGCGUCAUCAGUUCGGUCCGGAGAAGGAUGUGUUCGCACCGCGGUUUGCACGCAACAUGGAGUCCACGUUUGCGCAUCUGUUUCGCUGCCCGCCCGAAGAUAAGAGCAAAAUUAUCCGGGUGCUAAAUCUCUGGCAGAAGAACAUGGUCUUUUUGCCCGAAGUCAUCCAACCGCUGUUUGACCUCGCGAAUCCGGACCACCCGAUCCACCAGCAGUACAAUGCACAGGUGCUGCAGGAGCAGGCGGCGGGGGCGAACGGGAUGAACCCGGGCGGGCUGCCACACGACUCGCCGGUAGGAGGUUCGAUGGGUGGUGGCAUGGAUGACCACGGCGGUCAGCUGCAGAUGGGCGAAACGAAACAACUCGACCCGUCCACCAUCCGGCAGCUGCAGCAAUUUCAGCAAAUUCUGAUGCGCCAAACGUCCGGCGAUCAAGCCAACGCAGUGUCGAAGGAUCAGGUGAAGUUCAACAAGAAGCUGCUGGACUUCGAUUACGGCAGCGAUGAUGACGACGAUAAGAACUCGCCAUCGGUACCGUUACCGGCAAACGCCGGUAUGCCCGAUCUGUCGCAGGUGCCCGCCGGCAACAUUGCGCAGAUUUUGUCCGACCCGAAUGUGCUGAAACAGCUGCAGAACCUGCAGAAGCUGAAGCAGCAGGAGGAGAAGCAAACGAAGCUGUCGGAAAUGAUGCUGAAGGAGGAGAAGUUCGAGAAGCAUCUUGCCAGCGUCCUGAUGAAGUUACCCUUCGCCAACGAGUGCGAUCUUAGUCGGCAGCCACCGAUUGAUGUAAAUGCCGGUCACUCGAAGGAUGUUGAUACUGAUAACGACGUCUCAAUAACAGGAGUUGAGAUCCUGGGAGAUCCCAUACCGGUUGGUGGCAGCCGCGGCGGAGGCAUCGGACUGGGAGGCAGUGGAACCGCUAGUGGAAGUGGCAACAACGAUCGCUACAAAUCAUCGUCGUCCUCGUCGCGGCGUAAAAGCAGAUCCCGAUCACCGCGCGAUCGCCGGGGCGGUGGAACCAGCGGACGGCGCGGUCGUUCGCAUUCCCGUUCGCGGUCAGCUUCGCCAAGAUCGUCCCGCAGGCGUUCGUCCCGCGAUCGCGGUGGCACGUCGGCCAAGGAUCGGGAACGGGAGAAGGAACAUGAGCGGGAGCGCAAACGGAAGGGUUUGCCGGAGAUGAAAAAAGAGCACCUGAGUGUUUGCAGCACGACACUGUGGGUCGGGCAUCUCUCGAAGCUGGUUCAGCAGGAGGAGCUAUCGGACACGUUCGGCAAGUAUGGUGACAUCGUGAGCAUCGAUAUGAUACCGCCCAGGGGCUGUGCGUUUAUCGUCAUGAACCGGAGGCAGGAUGCGUUCAAGUGCAUGCAAAGCCUCAAGAACCAUAAGAUGCACGGGCGCACCAUCACGAUCUCUUGGGCCGCCGGCAAAGGCGUCAAGAGCAAGGAAUGGAAGGACUACUGGGAUCUGGAUCUGGGCGUAAGCUACAUUCCCUGGUCCAAGUUAAGCCCCAGCACGGAUCUCGAAACGCUCGAGGAUGGCGGUAUGUUCGACGAGGAUACAAUUCCCCAGUGGAUGAAGGAGAAAUCGACCGCAGGCGGAACGGCUGCAGCCGGACCAUCGGCAGCAGCAGCAGCAGCAGCUGCCGCCGCAGCCAUGGGCCUUGGUUUGGCACCGGGCAUGGGCUUAAAGAAGCUGGACGGUUCGGACCUGUCGACGGCAGCGGCGGCAGCUGCAGCUGCUGCGGCCGCCGGAAUGCUAAAUCCGUCUCUGUUCCCACUGAGUGCGGUCGACACAAGUCAGCCACCGCCAACCGCUAUGAUGGGAAUGGGAAUGCCACCCUUCCCGAUGGGCCCAGUGGCAAGACUGCCAAUUCCGAUGGGUAUCCCGAUGGGACCGAACAUGGUGCCUGGCUUGGGAAUCAAUGUGCCCCCUCCAGGGAUGAUGAUGCCAGGCAAUCCCCCGCCGCUGCCGAUGGGCGGUUUCGGUGUGCUGCCUCCGCCGCCGCCUUCGUCCAGUUCAUCUGCUGCUCCGGGUAUGAUGGGUAAUGGUGGUGGUGCGGCAAAUCUGAUGAGUUCUAGCUCCAAUAUGAGUAAAUCGUCCGCAGAUGAUAUGGACAUCGAGAUGGAGGACGAACACACUUCCAACCCUGCCCCGAUGGUCGGCGGUGGCCAGGGUGCCGGUGCAUUCUUUAAUCAGCCACCGCCACCGUUGAUGCCGCCGACCGCAAACCUUGGCCCCCAACCGGGACCACCGGGUAAUGUUGCUGGUUUCUUUGGCGGUUCGGCGGCAGGGCCAAACAUGCCGGGUUCCGGACCAAAUAUGCCCGACAACGGGGGCAUGCUGGAUGGAGGCAGCGAUGACGCCGACGGCGAAGCGAACAUGGCAGGUGGUCGCGGUGCGAGAGAUGGCUUUCUGCACGGCAGCGACGAGGCGCGAGAUAAUCUUCGGGGUCGGGGCGGUAGUGACCGUAGCAGGGACCGUGAUCAGCGAGGCGGUGGCUUCGAAAGAGGAGCUGGCGGUGACGGUGGUGGUCGACGCGAUCGAGGUGAUCGGGGCAGCCGGUGGGGUGGCGGUGGAAAUGAUCGCGGAGGAGGCAAUAAUUUCCGCGGCACCGGUGGCGGCAACAACCAGCAGGAUGAUCGACCUCUGUCAGAGCGGCUGCGGGAGCUGGCUGGCGUUUUGGAAUUCAAUAAUCAACAGCAACGCGCCGGGGGCGUUGGUGUCGGCGGCGGUCGUCUCUUCGCGCGAGUGGGCAAUGAUGGAGACGAUUUUGGCAACCGGGACGCAGACUUUACGCGACGCGGCGGAAACUUCCAGCAGAAUAGGUUCAACAACAAUGCGGCUGGUGGAAACGGUGACCUCGCCGGGCGUAACCAGGGUCGCAAUGGACCGUUCGGCAACCAGCAGCAGGGUGGACGCGGCGGAAUGUUUGGCAACCGGCUCGGAAGAAAUAACAACCAGCAGCAACAGCGUGGUGGUCAGUUUUUCAAUGAAGACCGGCAACAGCAGCAGGGUGGCUUCUUCGAUCGCAACGAAGAUAGCAAUGGUUACGAUUCUGGUGGUAACAACAAUGGCCCCAACAAUCGUCGCAACUGGAACGAUCGCGCGGGCGGUCGGGGCAACAACGGAGGCAACAACCGCGACGAAGGUAACCGUGGACGGGGAAGGCAACAGAAUUGGCGCAGUGGCGAUGAAAGUGCGGGUGAAGGUGGUGGCUCUGGAGGAGGCCAGCGGUUCAAUAAUGCCCGCGGAGGAGGCAACAAUAACCGUGGCAAUGGUGGAGGCAAUCGCCCCGGUGCUGCGGCCCGAUGGGACGAUGACAACGAGUCGUGGGACGAUGCUAACAAUAGGCCGACCACCGGACGGCAAACACAGUUCGGAGCAAGCAACCGCCAGCGUAGAAACUCGGGCGGAAAUGACGAGCAAGAGAACGAUCAGCAGGAGCAACGCCGAGAAGGACAAUCGGAAAAUGACGACAUGGCGAUUUGCGAUGACCAGUCCAGACACAGUGAAAACGAUACCGCCAGAGAUAUGCACAAUGUCCCGCUGAACAGACAAGAUGAUGACGGCGAUGCCAUGGGCGAUCGACGAUUCCAGCGCAAUCAUCAUCGCCGAAACGAUGAUGCAGAUGACGAAAGGCCACAGCCCAUCCUGUACUCCCCCGAACCGGAAGAGGAGCCGGACGAAAUGGGUGGCAAUGACCAGUAUGCUCGGGAGGAUAAUACAAACUACCACCAAGGGGACGAUAAUGGUGGCCAAGAUCAUCCUAACCGUGGAGUGGAAGCCACCAAUGAGCUGAUGAAUCAAUGUCAGCCACAGGAAGAUAGCUCGCAAUUCGGCGGAGCAUCGGCGGACGAUCGGUUCGAAGAGCAGCGAGAACAGGAGCAAGCAGCUCCUUCGUCUGCCAUGGAACAAGGUGUACGGGAUGAGGAUAAUGACUACUCCCAUCCGGAAAAGCAACAGGAUCUGCCCGAGGACGAUCGCAAUGAGACUGCAGCAGCAUCUUCAUCUUCCCCGACGAUGCCCACCCCCUGCCAGGAACAAAACAAUGAGCCUAGUGUUCAAUCGAAUGACACCGCCGAAGAGGAACCAGCUUCUGGCGAACCUGCUGCAUGUUGAAAAGGCAGCAGUUACAUCCUAAAACAUGUGUAAAGGGCGUCGAUAUAUAUAUUUAGUGUUGCAUACAGUUAGUGCAAAAUUGCAAAAGGAAGAAAGAAGAAAAAACAAGAUUAUAAUGAUACUAUACGACAGUGGGGGAGUGCAUCUUUGAAAAGGCACACUAGUGGGAGGGAUAGUUAAGCCAAACCAAUUAUUUUAAACGUAAGCAAAGAGCUAAGCAAUCCAACUUAGAGCAUGAUGCUUUCAGAUGUGGCCGGGAAACGUGAAAAUUGUAGUUUUUAUGUGUUGUAUCCGUGUGACCAAAAUUGUAUGAGAAUGGUCUUAAUUCCCUUGUGACCUCAUAGCAUCGUUUACUUUCCCAGUCCAAUUGCGCCGUUUUACGAUUGUUUCUUUUUAAAACCUCCUUUUGCAUACCCCGCCAUCACGCCUAUGUGGGUAUUUUAUGUAUCUCUUUAUCGUACCCCGAUUGAUUUGCUCCUACUCAGGCUCAGCAGAACGAUGCUUAGCAAAAACUGUGAAGCUCUCUGCAAUAGUCAACCGUGCGACAAUGGUCGCUACGUAGAAUGUUCUUCAAUUGAAAACAACUUUCAACUCAAUUAGAUUCCCUUUUUUAAUCCCUUUUUAGUUGUAAAUGAAUGUUUUCCUCUAGUUUAUUUGUGCUUGUACGCUCUUUAGAAUCUUUUUUAAACAUUCUACUUUGAUUUAGCAGACUGCAAACGGAUAGACAAUUACAGCAGUAGAACAAACAAACGCUCUACGAUAGCAUUCAUAUAUACGUUCGUAACUGGUCAGUUGGUUUACUCGUAGUAUCGUCGCUCAUCGCUGGUUAAGACACCGCGACCGUAUCGCGAGUAUACUUACCUGGAAAGGGGAAGGAUAGAGCAGCAUAUAAAUUAGGUAGUAGUAGAAAUAGAUUGUGUCCUAGGUUAUUUAUGUAGCUAAAAUUGGGUUAAAAUCAAAUACUUGUAAUAUUGAACGAUGAUGCAAAUUAUUCAACAUUUUAAGAUAUAUAUAAUACCAGACGUGGACCUGCAUCUGUGGAAGCUUUUAAACGCGUCAACAACUAUAUUCUCUCAAACAGAAUGUACAUCAUGCAGUGGUGCGGCAAAGAAAAGCAAUGUUGUAGCCAAUGGCGCAAUGUGUCCAGUUUGUUUUAAGUAAUGCUGUUCGGUUGUCCUACCGGUCAGCUGGGAUGGUGGACAGAUUACGAAAAAGGUCUCUUAAUUAUUAGGAGCUUAACUACACUCAAAAGUCGAUGAUCCGAUGAACAUAUUUGUACUCAUACUAGUGUGUAACAAUAAAGCAAUGCAUACAUUAUUCGUCCUUUGAAUCGAAA